AUGUUGCAAGUUUUACUUCUCCAUCUUUAUUUACUUCAUCUAUCUAUCUAUCUAUCUAUCUAUCUAUCUAUCUAUCUAUAUCUAUCUAUCUCAGUUUGCCCAUUUCUAUCUAUCUAUCUAUCUUUCCUUUUCUUCUCUCUCUCUCUCUCUCUGUAUAAACCAAAACACUUUACCUCUCUUUUUGUCUCUUCUAUACUUGGAUUUAUCAUCACCCUCCCUACUUCGUCUCUUCCAUUUCACUUUUUGGGCAGCGCCUUAUUUAAAAUAAGGCUUCUCACACUACUCCCUUCUACCCAAUGUCUCCCCUCAUCUAUCCAUCAGGCAGCAGAAGAACAACCAUUUUUCUUUGCUUUUUUCAUCUUGGUUACUAUAAACGGUGGAAAUAGAGUGGUACGCACACCAUUCUUUCUAUCUAUCUAUCUAUCUAUCUAUCUAUCUAUCUAUCUAUCUAUCUAUCGCAGACUGUUUAUAUCUAUCUAUCUAUCGCAGACUGUUUAUCUAUCUAUCUAUCUAUCUAUCUAUCUAUCUAUCUAUCUAUCUAUCUAUCUAUCUAUCUAUCUAUCGCAGACUGUUUAUAUCUAUCUAUCUAUCUAUCUAUCGCAGACUGUUUAUAUCUAUCUAUCUAUCUAUCUAUCUAUCUAUCGCAGACUGUUUAUAUCUAUCUAUCUAUCUAUCUAUCUAUCGCAGACUGUUUAUAUCUAUCUAUCUAUCUAUCUAUCUAUCUAUCUAUCGCAGACUGUUUAUAUCUAUCUAUCUAUCUAUCUAUCUAUCUAUCUAUCUAUCUAUCUAUCUAUCGCAGACUGUUUAUAUCUAUCUAUCUAUCUAUCUAUCUAUCUAUCUAUCUAUCUAUCUAUCUAUCUAUCUAUCGCAGACUGUUUAUAUCUAUCUAUCUAUCUAUCUAUCUAUCGCAGACUGUUUAUAUCUAUCUAUCUAUCUAUCUAUCUAUCUAUCUAUAUCUAUCGCAGACUGUUUAUAUCUAUCUAUCUAUCUAUCUAUCUAUCGCAGACUGUUUAUAUUCAUUCAUCUAUCUAUCUAUCUAUCUAUCUAUCUAUCUAUCUAUCUGUCGCAGACUGUUCAUAUCUAUCUAUCUAUCUAUCUAUCUAUCUAUCUAUCUAUCUUUAUGACUGUUCAUAUCUAUCUAGAUAUGAACUCGCUAUCUUUAUGACUUCAUAUCUAUCUAUCUAUCUAUCUAUCUAUCUAUCUACAUAUAAAAUUCUGGAGACUCUCGGGCCCUGUUUGACGACCCACGAUUUAGAUGAAUACCAGCCUUUGCGUAGUAGACGUUGUGGUUCAUUUAACUUGGACAUUAUCAUUUACAACCCCCAUUAUAAUGUACUUUCUAUCUAUCUAUCUAUCUACGCUAGUCUGCUCUUUAUCUAUUGUAUAUCUAUUAUCUAUCUAUCUAUCUAUCUAUCUAUCUAUCUAUCUAUCUAUCUAUCUAUCUAUGCCAAUCUGCUCUUUAUCUAUUGUACACUAUUAACUCUAUUAUCUAUCUAUCUAUCUAUCUAUCUAUCUAUCUAUCUAUCUAUCUAUCUGUUAACCAGUCCUUCGUACUGUUGCUUUAAUGGCAAUGCUUAUACCCUCUACCUGGAUUCUAUCUUCUUGGAUAUAUUGACCACUAAUAUUAUCUAUCUAUCUAUCUAUCUAUCUAUCUAUACACUAAAAUGGAGAACACUGCUGGUGUAG